AAUGGAAUUACGAGACAUUCAUCACCGCUUGCAAAUAAUAAACCAGGGGCUGCUAAGAAGCUGGUUAUCAAAAAUUUUAAAGAAAAACCCAAGAUGCCUGAUAAUUUUCAACAAGAAACAUGGAGAAAGCUGUGUGAAGCCGUGGAAGCUAUCCAUAAGAGUUGUUCCAUUCGAUAUAGUUUAGAAGAAUUGUAUCAGGCUGUAGAAAAUAUGUGUUCAUAUAAGAUGUCUGCAAACUUGUAUGAUCAACUGAAAGUUGUUUGUGAAUCACAUGUUCAAAGCUGUUUGGAACAGUUUAAAGCAUAUCCUUUUUUAACUGAUACUGAUAAUUCAGAUUAUGAACAGUUUUUGAAGAAACUAGAUUAUUGUUGGCAAGCCCACUGUAGACAAAUGAUCAUGAUCAGAAGUAUAUUUUUGUUCCUAGACAGGACAUUUGUAUUACAGAAUUCUACAAUUUUGUCUAUAUGGGAUAUGGGAUUAGAUUUAUUUCGAGCCAAUGUCAUCAGUGAUAAAGUUGUAGAAGGUAAAGCUGUUGAUGGAUUGUUAAAGUUAAUAGAAAGAGAAAGAAAUGGAGAAGCUGUUAAUCGACAAUUGUUAAAAAGUUUACUACGCAUGUUGUCUGAUUUACAGAUUUAUAAAGAAGCAUUUGAAAAGAAAUUUUUGGAAGCCACAGAUUUAUUGUAUGCUGCAGAAGGACAACAGUUAAUGCAGGAAAGAGAUGUUCCAGAAUAUUUACACCAUGUUGAUAAGAGAUUAAAUGAAGAAACAGAAAGAUUAUUACAUUAUUUAGACCAAUCAACCAAAAAACCUCUAAUAUCAUGUGUUGAAAAGCAGCUACUAGAACAGCAUUUAUUACAGAUUUUACAAAAAGGUUUGGAUAAUUUAUUACAAGAAAACCGAAUCGAAGAUUUAUUGUUGUUAUAUCAACUGUUUUCAAGAGUUAAAAAUGGUCAGAAAGAGUUAUGUACAAUGUUUGCUGAAUAUAUAAAGGUUUCUGGAAGAUGUAUUGUUCUCAAUAAUGAAAAUGAUGCUGAUAAAGAUAAGGAAAUGGUGCAGAAAUUAUUAGAUUUUAAAGAUAAGAUUGAUAAUAUAAUUGACGUAUGUUUUGGUAAGAGUGAGAAGUUUGUCAAUGUUAUGAAAGAAAGCUUUGAAAACUUUAUAAAUCAACGACAGAAUAAACCUGCUGAACUUAUUGCGAAAUAUGUGGACAGUAAGUUGAAAGCAGGCAAUAAGGAAGCUACAGAAGAAGAAUUAGAACAAUUAUUAGAUAAAAUAAUGGUUAUAUUCAGGUUUAUACAUGGUAAAGAUGUAUUUGAAGCUUUCUAUAAGAAAGAUUUAGCUAAGAGAUUAUUAAUGAGUAAAAGUGCUUCCGUGGAUGCUGAAAAAUCCAUGUUAUCCAAGUUAAAACAAGAAUGUGGUGCUGCAUUUACUAGUAAAUUAGAGGGAAUGUUUAAAGAUAUGGAAUUAUCUAAAGACUUAUCACUAGCUCUCAAACCUUACAUGCAGAAUUUAGAUGUGGCUGGUGGUAUAGAAUUAACAGUAAAUAUAUUAACUAUGGGAUACUGGCCUACAUAUCAACCUAUGGAAGUUCAUUUACCACAAGAGAUGAUUAGGUAUCAGGAAAUAUUUAAGAAGUUCUAUCUUGGUAAACAUAGCGGAAGGAAACUUCAAUGGCAGCCAUCAUUAGGUCACUGUGUUUUAAAGGUGGAUUUCCCCUCUGCUAAGAAAGAAUUACAAGUGUCACUGUUUCAAUCUUUAUGUCUGCUAUUAUUUAAUGAUAGUACAGCACUAUCUUAUGAAGAAAUUAAAGCUGCUACAGCAAUAGAGGAAAGUAUAUUAAAAAGAACUUUACAGUCAUUAGCUUGUGGUAAACCAACUUUAAGGGUACUGAGUAAAAAACCAAAGGGUAGAGAUAUAGAAGAUGGUGAUAAAUUUUAUUUUAAUGAAGAAUUCAAACAUCCUUUAUUUCGUAUACGAAUUAAUCAAGUCCAAAUGAAAGAAACGCCUGAAGAGAAUACAAGUACAACAGAAAAAGUUUUCCAUGACAGACAAUAUCAAGUAGAUGCUGCUAUUGUACGAAUCAUGAAAACAAGAAAAACUUUAAGUCAUAAUCUAUUAAUAUCUGAACUAUAUAAUCAACUUAAAUUCCCAGUCAAGCCAACAGAUCUGAAGAAACGAAUAGAAAGUUUGAUAGACAGAGAUUAUAUGGAGCGUGAUAAAGAUAAUCCAAAUAGUUAUCAUUACGUUGCCUAAUGAAUCCAGACAUCUAAUCAAAUAUAUGUGAUAUUUCUUAUUAUGUGGUGUUUAAAUCAACAAUAUGUGAACUUCAGGGUUUAAAAACACCGUUAAAUUCAAUUUGGGCAACAAACUUGUGUGCUAUAUCAGUGAAAGCCAGGCUAGUUGCAGUGGUGUUGUGUUUCUAGAGAGAAGCCAUUGUAUAUAAAAACGUGUAUAUUUGGAAGUUGUCUUGUGAAUAUAUUGUAAAUAGUAUAAAUAUUGCUGUGCAAAAAAAGAGAAAAUGAAAUUUGUACAUAUCUUGAAAAAAAUAUUUUGAUUUUAAAUCUUAAGCUAUAAUUCAUCAUGAAGAUGAUCUGAACAACAUACUUGAUUCCAAUGGAAAUCUACCAGUGCUUAAUUGUUUUUUUUUCAUGGUAAACUCUUAUGACAAUUUUGAUU